AAGAGAGAGAAGAAGAACAAAAUGGAAAGAGCCAUUGCCUGCCUAGCUAGCAUGGUCCAACUAUAAAACCCCAAGGCGGCAGCAGCAGCCAGCAAUAAACACCAUCAGUACACCAUCCAUCCAUCCAUCCAUCGUCUCAUCCUACCACAGAUCACACACACACCAAGAACACCUAGCGGCGAGCUCUUCGCCCUCGCGGCCGUUCUUGGCUUUGUCUGGCUCGGUUUGCUUCUGCUUUUGCUCCUGCAUGCGCCGCGCAAUGGAGAGGAGGCCUCGUGACCUCGUCGCCGUCCUGGCUCUGUCCUGCCUCCUCCUCCUCCUCCCACUGCUCGUCUCCUCGGUGCCCAUGUCGAGAAGCCUGCACUUGAGCAGCCAGCAGCAGCAACACCCGCCGUCUCUGAACCUCUCUCCAGAUGAGAUGGCGGCGGCGGCGGCGGCGAGAGGGCUCGGCAGGAGGCCGGCGGCGAGGAUGGACGUGGAGGUGAACGACUACCCCGGGUCAGGACCCAACAACCGCCAUGACCCUCCCAAAGGUCCUGGGAGAGCAUGAAUUCAGUCAAGCUGAAGCUGCUGCUGCUGCUGCUGCUGGAACAGCUUGUAGUAGUUUCAUAUCCCUGCUAGCUAUUAGCAAAUUCACAUAAUUAAUCCAGCGUCUAAUUACAUAAGUCGAGAGGCUGUAUGUGUGAUUUGGGGUGUAAUUAGUAGAGAGCAGAUAGCUAGCAAGUUACAACUGCAGAUCGAAUUGAGAAAAUAUUCAGGGAUGAAGACUGUAAAGCUUUUGCUAGCUUGGGCCUCCUCUUUGCAGCAGUAGUAUAGUAAGUAAACUAGUAAAUUAAUUAAUCAGUGAUUUUGUCGACAUGCAUAUGCACAUGAGCACAUCACGUUGGGAUGUCAAUAUAAUACAGGAUUAAUUAAUCGGUUAAUCAGAUAUUGGAAGCUUCUUCCUCCUCUCAC